CGACGCUGUAGAAACCUUAAAUUGGAUAAAAGAAGAAAAUUCCGAAUAUGGUAAGAAGGCAGCAGUUCUUCCAAUUGGCUUGUCGCAGGCUUUCUAUUUGGCUCAGGAGGCUCAGAAAAACUUUUGUGACGAAUUGGACACGACAGGUAUUGAUCGACCUGGGCAACUAGCCAAGCAAAAAGAUACUUCAAGCAACCAGGAAUCGGAGAAAACCAAAAAUAUAGUUGAACAGCCUUCGCCAAUUGAAGCAGACUUAGAAGAAACAAAUGCGGAGACGCUUGAAAGCACUGAAGAGGAGGAGAAGAACAUGAAUAGCUUCGCUUUCCAGUUUCGACCUUCACUCAAGCAAGUAGAGAGUGCUGUCGCAAUCAUAAAGGCUCAAAUACAAGCAGAAGAGGCUUCUCUUGCUGAAGAAAGUCAGACUACAGAAAAUGGAGUGAAAAAGCAGCGAUAUUGUCCGCUUCAUGGAUGUCAUCAUGAAGAAGAGGACGAGGAACUGACGGUAGAGAAUUUCAAUGGUAUUCCAAUAUUCCAGGCAAAAGGUCUAACACUGUUGCAGAAUGGAAGACAGCUCGUUCCUCUAUUCUUUUCGAAGGAUGACUGCGAAAAGGCGUGGAACCAGCUUGUUGAAUCCGAUUCGUCCUUACCAAAGGAUUGCGAUUUGGAUGUUGGAACUUUGGAAGAUAUUUUGCAACGAAUAGCUCAAAGUACGUCGCUGGAGUUUGAGUCUAUAAUAUUUGUGGCCCCAAAAGAGUCUUUGAAAGUAAUAGGAAAGGAAUAUCCUCUUGACGAAAUUCAUGGCAUUCCUCGUGAGCAGCAACAAGAGCUUCUCAAACAGCAGCGCAUGGAAAGACGACUGCUUAAGAAGCAGCUUAAGGAACGUCCGAUACAUCCACCUGCUGUUCAUUUUCCAACAGCAAGAGAAGUCGCAGCUGCCGGAGGAAGUCCGGAAGCUGUUCGUGAAGCCAUUCUUCGAAAUAUUGAACGAAAGAGGUUGUUGGAUUUGCUAAGGUCCUUUCAAACCCUGCAAACCUCUUCCAAGGAGGAUAAACAGUCCUCGGAUAUUCCUCAUCGGCAAAAUUUAUCCGAGACGAAUGAAGACCCGACUACUUUACAGUCUUCAACGACAGUUUCUCUUCGAGAACGUGCUCGUGCUGGUAAGUGGAAAAGACGCGGCGUUGCUCCUGAACAUAAACAUAAUGCAACUUCAAACAAGGAAGUCGCAGUACAGUAAGAAGGUAGAAAAGGGGAUAUGUCUACUGUCAUUGAGAAAUAGGCAACAUAAUAAGGGCAAAGGAAAGUAUCAUAAUAAAUUUCGGAUUUUCACUUGUGGUAAACGAGUCGUCUG